CGCUCGUCCGGCAACGGAAAAUAAUGUUCAUCAUUCGGCAGUAGUUGGCAAUAAGUUUGUGGAAAUACAUGAUGAUUCCAGAACUGCAGGAAGCAAUCCAGCUCGCCCAGGAGAAUCUCUAUCGUGGGUUCAUAUCGUCCAAGCGUAGUGGCAUCGAUUGGUUGAAUACCGUUUGCGGCGACUUUCACAAGUUGUUCCGGGUUUUACAUAAAUUUCUGGCAUUUGAGGUAUGCAACAAUGUGGCAGUUAUGGAAAUGGCUUUCUUGUGCCUGUCGCAAAUUGUGGUCUGCAUCCGGUAUCUGGAACGAACGUUGAUGACGGAACAGAACAAGAAGUGCACUUUGUCGCCCACUCGACAAUGUUUUCUGGAUCGGAUAAUCUGGUGCAUAGCUAAGAUCAAAGCGCUAGCAGAAGAUGAGAAUUCAGUGGCACACGAAUGCACGACCGAGUCCAAUUUCGUCAGCUUUCUCGAUUUGGCAUUGAAUCUGGUUGGCCCUUUGUCGGUGGCAUUCGAAGAUUCUGGGCUGAAUCAGGCCCAGCAGGACGCUGAAGCAAUGAUUGAAUGUGCUCGGAUCCGGUCGGUCGUGGAGGCGCUCAUUACGCAAACGUUCGCCUUUGGGAAUGUGUUGGAGGAUGAGGAUAAGAAUCGCCUUACGAAUGUGUGCCAGCGAGUUCUGAAGGAGUGUAUUGCGCUGGAGAAGGAAUCGGCACUUGUUGAAGGUGACAGUCGUCCAGAUGCACAGAAUAGGCGUUUGAAGGCUAGCGUACUGGAGGGUGCCAUAUACCAGUUGGAAACGCAAGUGAACGAUUGCUUGUUGAUGGUAGUUUAUGAGACGUUCGCUGAAAUGGAUCGUAAAUUGUUUGUUCAAAUGAGACAAAUGAUCAAGGAAGGAGCAAAAGAAGAAGAAAUUGAUAACAUGACCAACAGGGUUGAUACCAUGGUGGACAGAAUUAUGCAAAUUGGAUUGUUUGCAAUUUCCUAUGCUGACAACCACAAAGCUGCUUCCACCAUCCGUAGCUGCUUGGCUUCCAUUGAAGCACUGGAUUCCUAUUUGAUACCCUCGAUCUACGUCCCCUGCAAUUAUCACACAAAACUCCUGGAAGAACACUGGUCAGAGGAAUCAGCACUGCUUCGCUAUCACGUCCAGAGAAUUAUCGACAGUAAUGCUUUUGCUCUAUGCUUGAUUGAAAUCCUCGAUAGCGGAAUCGAUCGUCUAGUUGAAACGUUCAAUCCCGCGGAUGCCGAGAAUCUCGUUCGAAAGGCGGAAGUUUUCAAACAGCACGUCGAAUUAAACUCAAUCGAUUUGAAUCUACAACAGCAGGAAGCGUUAAAGAUCUAUUUUGAUGAUUUUAAAACCAUGAUCCUGGAAUGCAAAGCCAUAGUGACGUGCUCGGAGGAGGAUCCUUCGAUAGGGAAGGAUCGCAUUCUGAAAAGAUUCCGCAUACUGUUGUCAAAGUUGAGGAAAAUUCAACUAUCGAUUAGCGCGGAUAAGGCAAAUCAACCGACGAAGGAUGGCGCGCUCGAACAGAAGCCAUCUGAGGUGGCCCAAACGGACGAAGAAAAAGAAGUCGAACAAAGCGUCAAGGAAUUUUUCUGCAACAGCAUCCAGAGACCAUCGAUGACGAGCAUUUUGUACCGCAGCAAAAGGAGCGACAAGUCUCGGCGGGAUUCGACCGUUUCGCUUUUAGAGCUUAAAAGUUUCACCGACAUAACGGCACAGGUGAGGAAGCGAGCGGAAACCACUCCGGAGAGGGGUUCCAGUGCUGGCCAUCCCAGCAGAAAGAAACCGAUCAAAAGGAACAGUUUGCGUGUGGUUUUGUUCAAGCGGCAACAGGGCAAACAGACGGCCGAAUUUUUUGAGAGCUUCAAGAGCGAUAUAGAUCUGCAAAUAACCGCAAUUUUGGACCAACUGACGGACCUUUCAACCACUUUCUCGCUCCCACCACAGCACGAUCAGUGCAGUGAAGCAUCAGGAUCGCAGCAGCAGCUAGAGGAAGAAACUAGCAAGGUAGCGGUUCCACUUAUUACUAGGAAGUCUAUCACCAAGGAGGAGAUAGCGAUUCUAGAUGACAAUAGAAUCAGUAUUAAUAUUACUACCGACUUAUGAUUGAGAGACUAAAAAUGGCAUUAGGUAUUUUGGGGUACUUAAUAUUUGGUUUAUAAUUGUAUGUUUCACACU